AUGAGUGAUUUCUUUAUUUAAAAUAGAAGUGAGAUUUCUCAGUAAAAUUAAAGUGGUCUUGGUAGUUUUAAUGAAAAGUAAUGUAAUUGAUGAUUAUUCUAAUUAGUUUAGGAGCAAGCUUUGGAAAAUUACAUUAAGAUAAUUAAAGUUUUGGUCCAAAUGGAGGUGGAAGUUUUGUUUAGAAUUCAGGAUUUAUAGUUUAAACCGAAUAAUAUCGUUCUUCUAUUGGUCUAGAAGAUGUUAAUGCUCCAAUUUAAAUAUAUGAAUAUUAAGAAACUUAAAUAUAAAAAGGAGUUUUCUUUAGAAAUAGUGGCGAUUUUGAGAUGCAAUUUGAAGAGUUAGGAAUGGAGAGAUUGAAUAUUUAACAAUAGAUUUAAGAGGACUCAAAAGAACAUAAGGAAUCUUCUUUAGAUGGCGGAAUAAAAAGCAGCCAAUAAUCAUCACAUGAAUUUGAUAUGAAAAUAGGUAUAUGUUACUUAUAUAUUUUAAUUAGAAUCAGGUGAAUAGAUAAGUUCAAAGUUUAAACCUGAAAUUAAAUAACUUAUAAAUUCGAACAUAAUUUAAGAGAAUAAGAAUUUGUUCAAUGUUAAUCAAGCAAAGAGCAUAUAUACCAAUAAAAUUACUUAAUUAGUUGAAUAGAACUAAAAAAAAGUAGAUUUUGCAAAUAAAUCAUCUCCUAGAUUGUCGUAAAUAAGACCUUUAUUCAAAUAGGAAGAGUUAAUAAAAACUUUAGAGAAAAUCUCCUCUAAUUUAAAGGGAUCAUUUUGAUAACUCAUCUAAUGAAUUAUAGUCGAGUCAAAUAAGUCCAAUUGGUAACAUAGAUCCUGCACAGUAAAAGUUAGCAAAAAAUAGAGAAUCUGCAAGAAAUUCAAGAGCUAGAAAGAAAAUUUAUUAUGAGUUAUUGGAAACUAAAGUCUAAGAACUUUAAGAUGAAUUAGACAAAGUAAAAGAAUCUAAUCGAAACUAAACAAAACAUACUGAAAUUUAUAACAAAUUUUAAGAAAAAGUAUUUUAAAAAUAUUUACAUCUAGUUUUAAACUUUCUUAGAUUAAUAAUAAUAAUUAUUUGAUAAAUUAGAAACUUGUUUACUAAAAAAUAAGGAUGACAUAGAAAUUUCUAUGGUGUUAGAUGCUUUGAGAUAUAGAACGAAUUCAAAUAGUUAAGAAAGAAAUGAUGCUGCAAGAUAAUAUUUUGAUUCAAUGGUUGAAGUAUGUCUACCUAUUUAAACUAAAUACCUUAUUUAUUCAUUAGAAAAGGAUAAAGACUUUUUUGCUUAAUAAUCUGAGUACUAAAGAUCUUAUAUUAGUGAUUAUACUGAUUGGAUGAAGGAUGUUUUUAAAAAGACUUAAAUUAAACCAGAAUAAAUUGUAAAAGUUAAAAAAAUGAAAUCUAAAUUAUAAAGUGUCAGAAAUACUAUAUCAGAGUAAUAAAAUAUAUAAAAUAUAAUUCUAGUUGUAUACAGAAUAUUAAAGUUUAAUUAAAAAUGAUUUAAGGUGAAGCUAAUAAAGUAGAUUAGAUGUGGGAAUAACUCAAGGAAUGCCUAACUCCAAUUCAAUUAGGAACAUGUCUUUUGACUAUGAAAUAGGUAUUUACAUUUAUUAGUAUUUAUUUAGAAUGCCUUUCGUUUAGAACUUCAAACAUCCUCCAUUUUUUUAUAGUUAAAGAACUCUUAAAUGGUAAAUUUAUUUUUUAAUUUAAAUAGUCAGACGAAGAUGAGAAUAUGAUUAAAUCAAAUUAAACAUCUGUUCCUAAAAACAGAAAACUUGUAAAAACAUCAAUUUAAGGAUGA